ACUUCUUCUAGUUGUCUUCUUAUGGUGGUUCUUGCGCUUGCAAAGCCGAGAACCCAAAAGUUACACGAACCAUCGCGCGCUGCUUAUCGUCGCACACCCGGAUGACGAGUCACUCUUCUUUGGAAAUUACAUUUCAAGUGCGGUGAAUGCUGGAAUCGAGUUACACGUGCUGUGUAUGUCGACAGGCAAUGCGAACGGACUUGGUCAUAUUCGCGUCGGGGAGUUGCGAUCGGCCUGCGCAACCUUCAAGGUCCCCAAGGCCCACCUCACCAUAUUGGAUGAUCCAGAACUCCAGGACGGCUUCCGGACCUGGGGUGUGAACGCCGUAUGCAAGCACGUGGCGUGUACCGUACAGUCACUCCAGCCAGAUGAGCUGGUAACCUUUGAUGCGGGUGGAGUUUCCGGCCACCCAAACCACACCUGCAUCUACCACGCCGUCAGGCACGUAAUGGAGGCCCGGGGCGCGGAAGUCAGCGGCGUGAGGAAGGGAGGCGGACGUGGCAAGCGGUGCCGGGUCUAUACCCUGGUAACCCAUCCACUGCUGCUCAAGUUCAGCGGCCCCCUGGGUGUGAUGUUGAUCACGGUGCUGGCGGCCGUCACGCCCAGAAGCAGGCCAGGUGACCGGAUGUUCCUGACCCGUGACCCAACGCUGUGCUUCAGAGCCAUGAUCUGCCACUGGAGCCAAUUCGUGUGGUACCGGCUGCUGUUUGUGCUCUUCUCCACAUACACCUACGCCAACCAGCUGCGCCCCAUUGGCGAGUUGCACCUGGAUGUAUUCAGACCUCAAUAGGACCAGUUCCAACGGCAACAGAAGAAGCAAGAAGCAGUGGAGUAGUAGCUGCUGCUACGCAGGCCCCCAAACCUGAUAAUGGCUUCGAAGCCGAAGCCGGGCCACCCAAAUUGCGCAAUGCCAAUCGAACAGGAAGCGCUUCUGCCGCUGCCUGAAACCCGCAUGCGACGGACGACCGGGCAACGCGGACAAGGAGCGGCCGGGACAACGAGCGCCACCACUGUACAUUCCUUUUCCUGCAUGUAACAGUCGUCUCCAGCUUGUCCAUGCGAUCGACGCUCUUUUCUUCGAGGUCGGGUAACGCAACCGACCGUGCAUUUUCGUCAAACAACAUACCCGUUUAGUGCAUCCAGGUUACCCAGUUCGUUGGUGCUUUUCCAUCCUCAAUACAAACCAAGCAGCCCGUGCCUGUGCAGUGUGCACUUGUGUGGUUACCCAUCACGACAGCCUCCUGAGCGAUAGCCGCAGCCGUGCGCGCCGCCGUCACUCCCCCUUGCCCUGAACAGCUCGGUCCAUUACCAGCUACACGGGUAACUCGACUAUUUCCGCUUCCGUUUCAGGGCCGCAGCAAACCCGAACGCGCUGUUGUAGUCCUUCUCAGGCGGCCCGUCCGGUAAUACAGCAGUUUUCGCUAGCAGCCCCCGCUGCUUAAUGCGCUCCUCUUUCUCUCUCUGCAGCCGCUCGCCCCGCAGUUGCUCAAUCGACUUGGAAGCGGGCGCGCCCGCGGUAGAGGACAGGAGCUUGCGAUCG